UUAAGAAUAAAAAUAAAAUAAAAUAAAACGUCUCUCCACUGACAUUUAAGGCAGAGAAAGAAAAAAGACUGUUCAUCCUCGUCUUCCCCAAGAAAUGAAGAAGAAAGGGAAAGUCUACCCAUCUCCUCCUCCUCCUUCUACUCAACCACCACCAUCAUCGUCUUCAUCGUCUCGCAACCUCAACGAAGAUGAGUCUCUCUCCGUGUUGAGGCUUCUCCCGGCGACGAUUCUGGUUCUAGUCUCGGUUCUCUCGACCGAAGACAGAGAAGUUCUCGCUUACUUGAUCACGAGAGGAAACUGUGGAAGAACCUCGAAGAAGAACAACAAAUCCAGUAGAAACCACAAACCUCCUGUCUUCGACUGCGAGUGUUUCGACUGCUACACUAGCUACUGGCUCCGCUGGGAUUCGUCUCCGAACCGCGAGCUCAUCCACGAGAUCAUCGAGGCGUUCGAGAAUCAUCAUCUCUCCACCGGCGGCGAAAACUCGAAGAACAAAUCUAAAAGAGGUAAGAAGAAAGAGAAGAAACCGGGUCAUCGGGUCGAGCCAGUGUCCGAAAGUACAGUGUCCGAUAGCCACGUGUCAGCUCCAGAUAACUCUCUGCCGGGGAGAUUGAGUGAAGCUGAGGUGGCGGAACGAGAGACGCGAGAUGAGGUUGUCGUUGAAGAAUCGACGGUGGAGAUUCCGGGGGCAGCUGGGAUUGGAGGACAUAAGGGAUUAGCGAGGAAGGCACUACUGCCGGACGUGUUGGGUCUGCUUAAUUCCAGUUUUUGGCGACUUUGGAAUCCGAACGCGUAAAAGCAUCCAUCGGCUUAAAGUUAUAUGCUUUAAUUUCUUUUUUUCUGAUGUUUUCAUAAGGAAAAAAAAGAUAAUCCAAUCUCCAUAUGCUUUUAUUUUUUCUUUCUUUCAUUUCAUGUCUCUUAAAACAAAGUAUCAAUCACACACUACGUGGUUAUGUUUGAUAUUUUGGUUGAAAAAAAUGUCUUUUUGUUCAUUAAAAUGUUUAAAUCAUAUGAGAAGUUUAUGCGA